CAAGAAUAAAGCUGAUUACUAGUAAUGUUACUAUACAGUCAGCAUCAUUGAUUGAUGGGGGUAAUGCUAUUGACUUUAUGACGUUCCAAUUAGAAGAUACAUCCUCAAAAUACUGCACUUGCGUCUGGUGGAGUGUGUGUCUCUCUGAUCAUCUUGGGUCCAGUAAUACUGAAGUUGUUUCCCAGACCCAGCUGUGUAGAUUCAAAGCGACUACUAUACCGUUAUACAGUGAAUAUAUCAACGAAUGCUUACUGUUGGUAUCAGAAUCAGUACCAGGAAUAGAAAGAGAAGGGAAGGAGGUGAAUGAAGACAAGGAAAGUGAUGGGAACACCAAUCAAGAUACAUUGGAGUAUAAUAGAGGGACUGGUAAUACCAGCUGGAAUCAAUCAAGGAGUGAUAUCAAUAUUAGUAUAAUGAUACCAGAAGAUGUUAAUAAAUCAGAUAUAAUAUGUAUAAUGGAGAGUACCAGUAUCAGUGUUGGUUUAAGUGAUGGUACAACAUACAUUAGAGGAGAUUUAUUGUACAAUAUUGAUGAAUGUACUAGCACCUGGACCUACUCUAAAGGAAAAUUGGAUAUUACACUGGAGAAGAUGGCUGAUGAUGUUGAAUGGAGUUCAUUAUGUAAAGAUGGUUCAUUCCCACCAUUAGAUGAUGAAUCAAAAGAAAUAAAGAGAAAAAGAUCUACUCUGGUAGGAGAUGAAUGUAGUUCUAGGCCUUCAAAAUAUUCCAAGCAAUCACUGAUUACCAAUAGUUUGGAAGAAUGUGAUACAGAUGAUGAUCAGGAUAUUAAUGUGUAUCUAAUCAAUAACAAUGGAUUCAUUGUACAAAAGGUCUCCUUAAAUGGUAAACAGUUACUCUACACCUUACAAGCUACACCAAGAGGACCAUCAGUAUUAUCACUGAGACAUGAUGUAGAUGCCCUACACUACUCUCCCUCUGUCUCUUCUCCCUCUCUAUCAUAUACUCAUGUAACCACUUUCAAUGCAUUGGGGUAUGUACAAGCAUCUAAAAGAGAGAAGAAGUACCUCACUGCUACACAUGAUAGUUCUUAUGCAGUAUUGACUGAUAGUGUUGAUCAUAUCUUCAUAUACUGUUCACCUGAGGAAGGGGUCAAAGGUCAAACAGCAGCUCAGUAUAUUCAUACACUCCCUGAUGGUAGCCUCAGUCCUGGUGGUAUUCUAGGAGUACAGGUAACAGGAUCAGGACUAGUGUAUGUACUAACUAAUAAUAUACUCUAUCUUAUUAAACUCCCUCAUUAAUAAUCUCUAUUGUGGAUACUGUUUAUUAGUUUGGACACUAUAUGUUCUGUCCUUUUUGGUUUCUGAUAAUUUUGAUAAUAAUUAUCUGUCUUUUGAAAGUUUUGAUACAAUUUUAUGUUGCGUUAA